AUGGCCGAGUACACGCGGCCGCGGAACUGGCUGGCGCUGAUCCGCCUUCGAAACCCGCCGGUCAACGCCAUCAGUACAUCUGUACUCCGUGGAAUAAAAGAGGGACUGCAGAAAGCUAUAACAGACCAUACAGUAAAAGCCAUUGUGAUUUGUGGAGCAGAUGGCAAAUUCUCUGCAGGUGCUGAUAUCCACGGCUUCACUGCUCCUAGAAAGCCCGCCAUCGUAUUGGGACAUGUAGUAGAUGAAAUACAGAGAAAUGAGAAGCCCGUGGUGGCAGCUAUUCAAGGCAUGGCUUUAGGAGGGGGACUAGAGCUGGCCCUGGGCUGUCACUAUAGGAUUGCCCAUGCAGAGGCUCAAAUUGGCUUCCCAGAAGUCAGACUAGGACUCCUUCCUGGUGCAAGAGGAACCCAGCUUCUCCCCAGACUCAUUGGAGUUCCUGCUGCACUCGAUUUAAUUACCUCAGGAAGACACAUUUUGGCAGACGAAGCACUCAAGCUGGGCAUUCUAGAUGAAAUGGUGAACUCAGACCCGGUUGAAGAAGCAAUCAAAUUCGCCCAGAGAAUUUCUGGUCAAUCUCUAGAAUCCCGUAGACUCUGCAACAAGCCAAUUCAGAGCUUGCCCAACAUGGACGAAAUUUUCAGCGAAGCCCUUUUGAAGAUGCGGAAGCAGCAUCCUGGGUGCCUUUCUCAGGAGACUUGUGUCCGUGCAGUCCAGGCUGCUGUACAGUAUCCCUAUGAGGUGGGCAUCAAGAAGGAAGAGGAGCUGUUUAUGUACCUUCAGAAAUCAGGGCAGGCUCAAGCCCUGCAAUAUGCUUUCUUUGCUGAGAGGAAGGCAAAUAAGUGGUCAGCUCCCUCUGGAGCAUCCUGGAAAACGGCGUCAGCGCGGCCCAUCUCCUCAGUUGGUGUUGUCGGCUUGGGAACAAUGGGCCGAGGCAUCGUAAUUUCUUUUGCAAAGGCCAAGAUCCCUGUGAUUGCUGUAGAAUUGGACAAGAAGCAGCUAGAGACUGCCGAUGGGAUAAUAACCUCCGUUUUGGAAAAGGAAGCAUCCAAAAUGCAGCAUAGCAGCCACCAUUGGUCAGGACCAAAACCCAGGUUAACUACGUCUAUGAAAGAGCUUGGUGGUGUAGAUUUAGUAAUUGAAGCAGUAUUUGAGGAAAUUAACUUGAAGAAGCAAGUCUUUGCUGAAUUGUCAGCUGUGUGCAAGCCAGAAACUUUUUUGUGCACCAAUACUUCAGCCCUGGACAUUGAUGAGAUUGCUUCUUCCACUGAUCGCCCUCACUUGGUCAUUGGCACUCACUUCUUCUCACCAGCUCAUAUCAUGAGGUUGUUAGAGAUUAUUCCCAGCCAAUACUCUUCCCCUACUACUAUUGCCACAGUUAUGAAUUUAUCAGAAAAGAUUAAAAAAAUUGGAGUAGUUGUAGGUAACUGUAAGGGAUUUGUUGGCAAUCGAAUGUUAAAGCAUUAUUACAAUCAGUCAUAUUUCUUGUUAGAAGAAGGCAGUAAGCCAGAAGAGAUAGACCAGGUGCUAGAAGAGUUUGGUUUCAAAAUAGGACCUUUUAGAGUGUCAGAUCUUUCUGGAUUGGAUGUGGGUUGGAAAUGUCGACAAGGGCAAGGCCUUACUGGACCUACGUUGCCUCCAGGAACUCCUGCCCGAAAGCGGGGCAAUGAGAGAUAUUGCCCAAUUCCCGAUAUGCUCUGUGAAUUAGGACGAUUUGGCCAGAAGACAGGUAAGGGUUGGUACCAAUAUGAUAAGCCAUUGGGUAGGAUUCACAAACCUGAUCCCAGGCUUUCUGAAUUUCUGUCACAGUACAGAGAAACCUAUCACAUUGAACCACGCAUCAUUAGCCAGGAUGAGAUCCUUGAGCGCUGCUUAUAUUCACUCAUCAAUGAAGCAUUCCGUAUCUUGGGAGAAGGGAUAGCUGCUACUCCAGAGCACAUUGAUGUUGUCUAUUUACAUGGGUAUGGAUGGCCAAGGCACGUGGGUGGGCCCAUGUUCUAUGCCUCCACAGUUGGGUUGCCGACAGUGCUAGAGAAGUUGCAGAAAUAUUAUAGGCAGAAUCUUGAUAUUCCACAACUAGAGCCCUGUGACUAUCUGAAAAAAUUGGCUUCCUUAGGAAACCCUCCUCUGAAAGAAUGGCAAAGCUUGGCAGGAUCCCCUAGCAGUAAAUUGUGA